AUGACAACAGAAACGAGCCAAAACGAGCCAGAGCCAGUUGAAAAGAAGCCGACAACUGAAUUUCUCCAAGUUCCAACAUCUUCGCCAAAACACGUGACGGCAGGUAGAGCCACGCCAAGUCCAACAGGGACAGCUGUAGCGAGCCAGAGCACGGCGGGGACGCCAAGUGCGGUUUCAGAGGGACAAGAUGGGAUGAUCGCAAAACUCCUCGAGCACUUUCAACAGCAACAGCAGCAACAACAAGUCCACGCUCAAACACAAGGACAACCCUGGGCGAAUGCGUACACGAAUCAACAACUAGCAAUCACCAUUCAAAUGCAAGCUUCUUUGACCAACAUUCAAUCAAUCGAAAAGAAGCUGGAAAAAAGCGCGGAAAACUUCGCAGAACUCCUCGAUCAAUUCUCAAAAGCGUCUCGUUCUCCUGAGCAAAAGCACUCGCCCAGUUCCCCAUCAUUCCAAAGCGGCAGUAACUCGCUCCGGGGAAAGUUCCGCGAUUCCGACAUUUCCACCGGCAGCAAUGGUACGUCACAGCAUUCCGGCUCGUCGUCGUCUGCUUCCUCCUUGAUGCGUCCCCAGCAUGGGCUUCCUCCCCUAGCGAUGAGAGGACGGCCACAUUUCCAUCCCGGAACCAUGGAUGAAAAUAUUCAACUUGAAGAAUUGGACAGAUUCGCGAAGGAAUUCAAGCAAAAGCGGAUCAAGCUCGGCUUCACUCAAGGAGACGUCGGAGUCGCUAUGGGAAGAUUGUAUGGAAGCGACUUUUCGCAAACGACGAUUUCGCGUUUUGAAGCGCUCAAUCUUAGUUUCAAAAACAUGUGCAAGCUGAAACCAAUUCUCGAGCGCUGGCUAGAAGACGCGGAACGCUACCUGACUCCGAAUCAACAGUCCUUGUCCACUGAAGCUCAGUUGGAAAGCGCGAGACGCAGGAAGAAGCGAACCUCAAUCGACAAUUCUGUCAAAGUAGCUUUGGAAAUGCAUUUCCUUCGAAACUCCCGACCAACCAGCGCCGAAAUCACGCAACUGGCCGAAGACCUUGAAAUGGAGCGAGAAACCGUGCGAGUUUGGUUUUGUAAUCGGCGACAAAAGGAAAAAAGAAUCGGCAGUCACGGAGAGGAGGAAAACGCAUCGAUUCAAGACUCCGAGCCAACAUCUCCAGUUGGCACUACUCACCCGACCCUGCCAGCUUCCAGCCCGAUUGCCCAAGUUUCGCAAAUCCCUCAGAUUCCCGUCUCCAUUCCCCUUUCGAUCCAGAACGCUGACUUCUACCAGAACUUAGUCAACAUGCAAAAGAGCGGAGGACUAUUCGGAAAUAUGGCCUCCGAGAUUCCGAAGCUGCCAAACUUUGGUUUCUUCCCUCAAAUUCCGCAAAUAUCGGCGCCAAAUCAAAUGGCAGAGAUAACUGAGCUUCCAACUGCACAGUAA